GCCUACAGCUCCCCUUACAGACUCCUCCCCCCACCCCAGAGCGCAGGCUUCUCAUUGCAAUUUCUGUCGCUCCUUCGGACUUAAUCUCGCCUGGACUAUCUCCGCCGCACUCCCCUUUUCAUCACCCAGCGUUCUAUUGUUCCACUGUCACACCACCAUGGAUUAUCCCACCUCGGCCAUGCUUCCAGUCCGCGCAUAAUGUGGCGCAAGCGCAAACUGUCCCCUCACCACGACAACAACCACACCACUUUUUCACGGAAAAAACGCUGGAAAGAGAACUAUACUAUCGAGUCGAGCGACGACUCCGACAACUCCGACCACGAGAGCAAUACCCUGGACGACGACGAAUACUAUAUCAACUGUAUACUCGACGAGACGGAGUCUCAAUACCUGAUUGACUGGGAAGGACCUUGGGAGCCCACUUGGGUAAAUCUACACGAUCUCUUUGUGAUAGGUCUCUGUUCUAAUUGCUCGGUUUUGUGGUCAGGAACCAAAGGAGCACGCCAGCGCACUUGCUGUUGAGACCUGGGAAAGGAACAAGGACAAGAAGAAGCAGGAGAGUUGCGCUCAGAGUGAAUACCCACAACCGAGUAAUACUCCACCGACGCAGUGGUCUUCCUCCCGCUCACAGACGCACAGCGUGGAGCAGCUGGUUACCGACCCUGUUGUCUCUGAAUCCUCUCCGGAGCACACAAACAACGACCCCGGUUCGCCUUUGUUUGUCCCCUGCGACGGUACAC